UACUUCCUAGUUAGUCUCCACUCUUAGAUUGCCUUAAUCAUGCCGAAUCUUCGCCUCCUUUUCUUCUCUUUCUUCCUCGUCUUCUUCUCAGUUCAUUCCCAAGAAGACACUCCCAUCGCUCGAUUCCGUCGUUACCUUCAGUUCAAAACCGCUCAUCCUGAUCCUAACUACGCCGACCCUGUCUCUUUCCUCAUAUCCCAAGCAAACGCCAUAGGCCUCCAAGCCCGAACCUUUGAAUUCGUCCCAUCUAAACCAGUUCUUCUUCUAACAUGGUCUGGCUCCGACCCUUCUCUUCCUUCGGUUCUCUUCAAUUCCCACCUCGACUCCGUCCCAGCCGAACCUUCCAAAUGGAUCCACCCCCCUUUCGCCGCCACCCUCACCCCCGACGGUCGAAUCUACGCCCGCGGUGCUCAAGAUGACAAGUGCAUCGCUAUGCAAUACUUGGAAGCCAUUCGCAACCUCAAGGCUAAAGGGUUUACUCCUUUGCGAACUGUUCAUAUUUCUUACGUUCCUGAUGAAGAAAUCGGAGGGAUUGAUGGGUGUGACAAAUUUGUCAACUCCAAGGAGUUUGAGGAUUUGAAUGUUGGGUUCGUUUUGGAUGAAGGCCAGGCUUCUACUGUUGAUGAGUAUAGAGUGUUUUAUGCUGAUAGGUCACCAUGGGGACUUAUAAUAAAGGCCAGUGGAGCUCCAGGGCAUGGUUCCAGAAUGUAUGAUAAUGGAGCAAUGGAGAAUCUGAUGAAGAGUGUGGAAGUUAUUACUAAGUUCAGGGAGAGCCAGUUUCAUAUUGUUAAAUCUGGGGAAGCUAUGAACUCUGAGGUUAUUUCGGUUAAUCCUGUUUAUCUGAAGGCUGGGAUACCUUCCCCAACUGGAUUUGUGAUGAAUAUGCAACCUUCUGAGGCAGAGGCUGGAUUUGAUCUUAGGUUGCCACCAACAGCUGAUCCGGAUCUUAUUAAGAAAAGAAUUGAUGAGGAAUGGGCACCUGCUAGAAGGAAUAUGACUUAUAAGAUCCACCAAAAAGGGCCAAUAAGAGAUUACCAGGGCCGCCCUCUAAUGACAUUGACAAACGAGUCUAAUCCAUGGUGGCCUGUUUUCAAGCAAGCUAUUGAGGCAGCUGGAGGAAAACUUUCGAGGCCUGAAAUUUUAGCUUCAACAACUGAUGCACGAUUCACGAGACAAAGAGGAAUUCCCACACUUGGUUUUUCCCCAAUGACAAACACUCCCAUCCUGUUGCAUGAUCAUAACGAGUUCCUGAAAGAUACCGUGUACUUGAGGGGAAUUGAAGUGUAUGAAUCCGUAAUAAGUUCUCUGAGUACCUUUAAAGGAGAAUCUAAUUAGAUGACUUCAACUGGUUUGACAAAUCAACAUGGUUGCAGUGUCUCUUGGGUUCGAGUGCUUCAGGUUAUCAUCAACAUCUGCAACAAUUCAGAUCGAAACAAUUUGGAAUCUGGACAGGUCAAGUGUUAUUCCCAGCAUGUAAUUUACAAAAAAAAAACUUGUAUUUCCUCCAUAGCCGUUCAUGAGAAAGAAACUGAUAUUCAAUAAGUGAGGAAACAUUCCACAAAGUUUCAUGAAUU